GCGCUCAAGCUCGGCAUGAUCAAAAACCCGGACAUUUGAAGGACUUUAUAAACGCCGGCCGGACAGGCCGGACAGCCUCUCAAAAGAGGACAUGUCCGGGCAAAAGAGGACGUAUGGUCACCCUACUGUAUCAAUAUACUGAUGUUAUACUGCAACACUUUGGCUUUCUGUUCUUUUUGUCAAAUAACGUGAAUGCGCAGGACUUUUAAAAUGAGAACGUCUCUUAUUUCCAGAUAUUUUUGUCAAGACCGAAACAAACAGAACAGCAGAAAUCUCAUUUUAUAGACGAAGUUGUCCCAUUGUUUAUUUCCUGGUUAGUAGGUAAGGGGUCCUGAAAAGCCACGCCUACGAAACGUCUGUCUCAGAAACGCUGGCAACCAGUUCAUGUUUAACACCAGCUGAUCGUGACGCAGCUUCUUUUCUCUACAUGAAGACUGACUGAAGUCCUCAAGAUGAGUGAAGAGGAGGAGGAGUUUCCAGCCUCCAGCCGUCUAUCUAUGAAGAGUGACUGGUCCAACGAUCAUCCUCCAAACUUCAGCAAAGAACCUAAACCCUCAGACACAAAAAGACGGAGAGCAGAGUCUGCAGCUUCCAGCUGUCAGUCUGUGAAGAGUGACUGGUCCAACGAUCAUGGUCCAAACUUCAGCAAAGAACCUAAACCCUCAGACACAAAAAGACGGAGAGCAGAGUCUGCAGCUUCCAGCUGUCAGUCUGUGAAGAGUGACUGGUCCAACGAUCAUGGUCCAAACUUCAGCAAAGAACCUGAACCCUCAGACACAAACAUACAGAGAACAGAGUCUGCAGCUUCCAGCUGUCUGUCUGUGAAGAGUGACUGGUCCAACGAUCAUGGUCCAACCUUCAGCAAGGAACCUAAACCCUCAGACACAAAAAGACGGAGAGCAGAGUCUGCAGCCUCCAGCCGUCUGUCUGUGAAGAGUGACUGGUCCAACGAUCAUGGUCCAAACUUCAGCAAAGAACCUGAACCCUCAGACACCAACAUACAGAGAACAGAAUCUGCAGCAUCCAGCUGUCAGUCUGUGAAGAGUGACUGGUCCAACGAUCAUGGUCCAAACUUCAGCAAAGAACCUAAACCCUCAGAAACAAACAUACAGAGAACAGAGUCUGCAGCAUCCAGCUGUCUGUCUGUGAAGAGUGACUGGUCCAACGAUCAUGGUCCAAACUUCAGCAAAGAACCUAAACCCUCAGAAACAAAAGUGAUGAAGAGGAGGAGAGUUUGUGUGAAGGAGCAGCCGUCCUGCUGUGCUUCCUGUCAGGACGUCCUGAAGGAUCCAGUCUCUACCAGCUGUGGACACUGGUUCUGCAGACAGUGCAUCACCUCAUACUGGGACCAGUCUGCUCCAUCAGGACACUCCUCCUGUCCCCAGUGUGUAAAAAGAUCCAGAACCAGAGCUGGACUGCAGACAGCCAGUCAGAGCGGCUGUGGACAAAAUGUUCUGCAGGAGGUUCUACAGGAACAUAAGAUGAGUCUGAGAAGGAGAUGUGAACAUGUGACUGAAGGAAGUGAUGAAAGAGGAGGUGGAACCCUCCUGAACAGGAUCUACACUGAGCUCUACAUCACAGAGGGACACAGUGGAGAGGCUGAUAUCCAACAUGAGGUGAGCCAGCUGGAAACAGCUUCCAAGAAGAGUCUCCAUGGCACUCCUAUCAGGUGCCAGGACAUCUUCAAAGCCUUACCUGAGCAGCAGAGAGCCAUCAGAGUGGUUCUGACCAACGGCGUGGCUGGCAUCGGAAAAACCUUCUCAGUGCUGAAGUUCACUCUGGACUGGGCAGAGAGCCGAGAAAACCAAGAUGUCAGUGUGGUGGUGGUGCUUCCGUUCAGGGAGCUGAACUUGAUCAGAGAUGAGCAGCACAGUCUUCUCACGCUGCUCCAUGUUUUCCAUCCAACAUUACAGAAGGUGACGGCAGAGCAGCUGGCUGUCUGUAAACUUUUGUUCAUCUUUGACGGUCUGGAUGAAAGCAGACUUUCCCUGGAUUUCACCAACAGGAAGGUUGUGUCUGACGUCAGCCAGAAGUCAUCGCUGGACGUUCUGCUGGUGAACCUCAUCGAGGGGAAUCUGCUUCCUUCAGCUCUGGUCUGGAUCACUUCCCGCCCAGCGGCAGCCAAUCAGAUCCCUCCUAAACGUGUGGACAGGUUAACAGAAGUACGAGGCUUCACCGACGUCCAGAAGGACGAGUACUUCAGGAGGAGGAUCAGUGAUGAAGAGCUGUCCAGCACAAUCAUCUCCCACAUGAAGACAUCCAGGAACCUCCACAUCUUGUGUCGACUCCCAGUGUUCUGCUGGAUCACUGCUGCAGUUCUGGAGCACAUGUUGAGCACAAAGCAGAGAGGAGAGCUGCCCAAGACCCUGACUGACAUGUUCUCACACUUCCUGCUGGUUCAGACACAGAGGAAGAACAACAAGUACCAUGAGGGACAUGAGACGAGUCCUCAGGAGCUGACGGAGGCUGACAGGGAAGUUCUUCUGAAGCUGGGGAGGCUGGCCUUUGAACAUCUGGAGAAAGGAAACGUGAUGUUCUACCAAGAAGACCUGGAACAGUGUGGUCUGGAUGUGACAGAGGCCUCGGUGUUCUCAGGAGUUUGUACCCAGAUCUUCAGAAGAGAGUGUGUGAUGUUCCAGAAACCAGUCUACUGCUUUGUUCAUCUGAGCAUUCAGGAGUUUCUGGCUGCAGUCUACAUGUUCCACUGUUACACCAACAAUAACACCGAGGUACUGAAAAAGUUCCUGGAAGAAGACUAUAUAAACUUGUCCCUGGAUGAUUUCCUGGACAGCGCCAUGGAGAAAUCCCUCAGAAGUAAAAAUGGUCACCUGGACCUGUUUGUUCGCUUCCUUCAUGGCCUCUGUCUGGAGUCCAACCAGAGACUGUUAGGUCUGCUGGAUCAGACGGAGAACAGUCCAGAGAUGAUCCAGGGAGUCAUAAACAACCUGAAGGGGAUGAACACGAAUAAAAUGUCUCCAGACAGAAGCAUCAACAUCUUCCACUGUCUGAUGGAGAUGAAGGAUCUCUCAGUACAUCAGGAGAUCCAAGAGUUCCUGCAGUCAGAGAACAGAUUAGAGAAGGAACUCUCUGAAAUCCACUGCUCAGCUCUGGCCUACACGCUGCAGAUGUCGGAGGUGGUUCUGGAUGAGGUGGACCUGGACAAGUUCAGAACAUCAUGGAAGGGAAAACUGAGACUGAUUCCAGCUGUGAGGAACUGCAGAAAGGCUCGACUUUAUAACUGUAGAAUCUCAGAGAGUCACUAUGAAGUCCUGGCCUCAGCUCUGAAGUCCAACCCCUCCCAUCUGGAACAUCUGGACCUGAAUAGAAUCUACAACAUGGAGGAUUCAGGAGUGAAACAUCUUUUUGAUGGACUGCAGAGUCCAAACUGUAAACUGGAGAGACUCAGAUUGGAGGACUGCAGUUUGUCAGAGAUCAGCUGUGAUUCUCUGGUCUCAGCUCUGAAGUCCAACCCCUCCCAUCUGGAACAUCUGGACCUGAGCUCCAACAACCUGCAGGAUUCAGGAGUGAAACAUCUGUGUGGUUUUGUGGAGAGUCCAGACUCCAUCCUGAAGACUCUGAGAUUGGAGGGCUGCAGGUUGUCAGAGAUCAGCUGUGAUUCUCUGGUCUCAGCUUUGAAGUCCAACCCCUCCCAUCUGGAACAUCUGGACCUGAGCAUCAACGACCUGACGGAUUCAGGAGUGAAACGUCUGAGUGGUUUUCUGGAGAGUCCAGACUGCAUCCUGAAGACUCUGAGAUUGGAGAACUGCAGUUUGUCAGAGAUCAGCUGUGAUUCUCUGGUCUCAGCCCUGAAGUCCAACCCCUCCCAUCUGGAACAUCUGGACCUGAGUCAGAACAACCUGCAGGAUUCAGGAGUGAAACAUCUGUGUGGUUUUCUGGAGAGUCCAGACUGCAUCCUGAAGACUCUGAGAUUGGAGCACUGCAGGUUGUCAGAGAUCAGCUGUGAUUCUCUGGUCUCGGCUCUGAAGUCCAACCCCUCCCAUCUGGAACAUCUGGACCUGAGCAGGAACCACCUGCAGUAUUCAGCAGUGAAACAUCUGUUAGAUCUUGUGGAGAGUCCAGACUGCAGCUUGAAGACUCUGAGAUGGGAGUUGCGCAAAUAAAGUGUGUCCUGAUGAUCCAGAGGUUGAAGCAGCAGCAGCUGGUGUGUAGAGACUCUGACUGGACCAUGUUACUGGGAGGUGGACUGGGAACCAGUGUAAAGUGUGUUGUUAUCACUGUGUAGUUUAGUGUUGCAGCUCCACACUGUGAAUGACGGGAGAACUGCAGUUAACCUGUUGCGCUUCAGUGUCCCGCCCGCGGUACACUUUGAGAUCUGCAUAAGCAAUUUGCUAAAUGUCUGAAACUGCAAACGCGAUUAUAGAAACACUAUACGCCGAUGGAAAGCUUAGAUUCUCAUGAAUCCGCCGGUAUAAACCACUUUCAGAUGUGAUUACCACAGCGGGUAAUAGAAACACAUUUGUCCGACAAACAACGAAUAUCCAUCCAUCCGUUCUCUGUACACGGCUUCAACGUACACAGCGCGACUCACAUUUCCGGGUUCAUUAUUACACACAGAUGAAAAUAUUCCACAAAAAACGGCCAUAAUCCAACCUUUUACAUCCAGACAACACAAGCCAGUAAACUAUUUUGUCCAAAACAUGUCUUGAAGUCGGUAUAAAAUCCACGAAUAGGUUGUUUUCAAGGAAAUGCACCUCGCGAUGCGCGUCCAAUAUUCCCUGUAUUUUUCGUCAUAUUUUUAUGUACAAAUAGAAUAUUAGCGAUUUUUUUUUGUACUGAAAAUGGCUGGAAUUGACUGCAGCUUAAAGGGUUAAUGUCGACAUGAAACGCUGGAGGUUGAUGUCAGGUUGCAGAGUGUGCAGUAAGUUUCAGGAUGUUUGUGUCAGUGCAGGAUUAUAUUUCAGUUGACUUUCUAUUUCCAGCUGCAGUCAAAGUUGUUGAGCUUCUCUACCUGCAACACAUUGAGCUGAUGAGAACAAAGUGUCCUGGAAACAUGUCAGCUGAAGCCUUGGAGCCCAGAGAGAGUUUAAUGAAGCACAUUUUAGUGGGUUUUGAUCACGUCAUGUUGAGGAGACUGCACGAGCCAUAAAUGAAUUGUUGUUUUAUUGUAAAGUUAAAGGUUUUUUUUUUUUUGCUGUUUGUUUGGUUAUGGUAUUAUUUUGUGAUUAUGUUGAAUAGACAGAUAGCGGGUCACAUGCACAGGAGUGUGGGUAAUCAAGCAAAUAUAUUCACCUAUUCCCAUCUUGACUUUUUUCAUUGUUUGAGAGGAGGUGAGCUGAGUCGCAGUGUUUUUUGUUGACCACUAUAUUUCUUCAAUUGUUUUGGUUACUUUGAUUAUGACUUUGUGCAUGUUAUCAUGAGUUAUCUAUUUUCUUUACUAAUAGGUUAAAUUUAUCAUUUGGAAAUCUCGGUGGAUUCUUUUGUUUAGCGUGUCAGACAAACAUGCCCAGCCUCAGUCUAUCAGCACUUCUUCUUCGUUUCAGUCUCUACAGUGACAAACAGCUCUGAAGAUGAAUCCGGUUUAGUCCUCAAAGGUCCAGAAGCAGCUUGUUGAGCUCAGAGUUCAUAUUUAAUGUCAACAUCCUUUGACCUUUCUGAGCUCCAGUAAAUGUUUUUUCUAGUUUCUCUCUUCUUCACCUUCAGUCGGUUCCUCGUGUUCAAAAGCUUCCAGAUCACUGAUAUUCUUUGUUUUCUGAGCUGCUGCUUUCUUUAAAUCCCUCCAAAUAUUUUAACUGGAAUUAAAUCCAGGACUGAGACGCUUCUCCAGGACUUUCCAGGAAGGAUUCCUGAAGCAGGCUUUGGUGGACGUUUGCUUUGGAUGCUGGUCCUGCUGAAAGUCCAGUGAGCUUCAGUUUCCUCACAUUGUUCUUGUAACUGUUCUGGUGUUUGAGAGAAUCCAUGCUGCUGCUCACACGUUCCAGUUUAGCAGCUUCAGAGCCACCAACAGGACUGUUGAUGCUGUUCUUCUGGUCCUUCUGCCUCCAGACGUUCUGCCCAAACACUCCACUUUAGUCUCAUCAGUCCAUCAGACUCCCAGAACUCUGCUUUGUUCCACACAUGAAGAUCUUGUUGUUCAGUGUUGUCAGACUUUAGUUGUUGCCUUCAUCAGGUCACCAUGAGGUGGUACUUGAUCAUAAUGGAAAACAACCUCAACCGAGUCGAUCCGAGUAGGUGCUAGUGGAAAAGUGCCUUUACUGUCAUUUCAGCUCCAUGCAGCAAACACAGGCUGGUUAAUGAACACAGACUCUGAUUCUGAGCUGAAAAUCCACAUUUUUUACACUCUUGUCUGAAAUCUGCCCACUUGGAGCCUCAAUCCCGGCUUUUCAGUCCUUCAUCUGUUUCUGGAGAUAUUCCACCGUUAUCUUUUAGUUUAUCAUGACCUCAUCUUUGGUAAUGAUUCAGUCUGACCUUUUUAUAGUCAUAGUCAUGAAACAUAAUCCUGACUCAUCUUGUAAAUAAAAGUAUUUCUGCUUUCAAAUAAAGUCUAUCUGCACACUUGUUAGAGUUGAUUGUUCUGACUUUGUUUUAACUUGUUUUUGCACUAAAAUAUGAAAUCAAUAAACACCAACUCUUAACGGUC